UGUAGGGCGGAGUCAGACACUGCGUAGCUUUUUAAAAAGCGUCUGUCGAAGCUCUUGUAACUUAUUCUUCCAGCACCACUGGGGGGACGCAGACAGAAGAAGGUAAACAGACUCGAGAAAACACAACAGCAGCAGCACCUGGAGUCACUUUCGGCUAUAUACACCUCGACUGCGUGUUGAAAAGACGUGGCCAAGUGUGCGCGCGUGCGCUGCUGCCACUGUAGAAACACUGGCUCUGUUACUUCCGGAGUCGUCAUUUCAUUCAAUCUUCUCUCUCAGAUAACAACAUUGCACUCUGUUUUUUAAAGUCGUACCAGUGCGAAAGGAAUACCAAGUCUAGCCUUAGUAGACGAGAAGCCCGAGACAUCGAACACGAAAUAUCCCCUACGCGAGGGGCAUCGGAUGGAUUGUUUAAACCUAAAUGCUUCAACCAAAUAGAAAUUCCUGUGAGAGAUGGUGGGUGCAUCUGUUCCCCUUUAAAAAGACACCAAAUCAAAGAAUUAAAAGAUUUUUUUUGUUUCUGCAUAAUUUCCAUCUUUCUUCUUAACGUUAUAUGUUAGUAUUAUUUUAAACUCUGCCAGUAAACAUGCCAGCAGCAAUGGAGGUAGCAGACAUUGCAGUUGUUGCACUUUAUUUUAUCCUUGUGCUUGGCAUUGGGUUUUUUGCCAUGUGGAAGUCCAACCGCAGCAGUGUAAGUGGUUACUUCCUGGCUGGACGAACAAUGAACUGGGUGGUGGUCGGAGCAUCACUAUUCGUCAGCAACAUCGGCAGCGAGCACUUUAUCGGCCUAGCUGGCUCGGGAGCGGCGAGUGGUUUUGCUGUAGGCGCCUGGGAGUUCAACGCCAUCUUUCUCCUUCAGCUUCUGGGCUGGGUGUUCAUCCCAGUCUAUAUCCACUCUGGGGUGUACACCAUGCCAGAAUACCUCUCGAAGCGCUAUGGAGGAAAUCGGCUAAAGGUUUACUUUGCUGGUCUUUCCCUUUUGCUGUACAUCUUCACCAAAUUGUCAGUGGACUUGUAUGCAGGAGCUCUCUUCAUCCAGGAGUCCUUAGGCUGGAAUCUCUACCUGUCAGUCAUCCUGCUCAUUGCCAUGACGGCACUGCUGACAGUAACAGGUGGCCUGGUUGCUGUGAUUUACACGGACACUAUUCAGGCCAUACUUAUGAUCACCGGAGCUUUGAGCCUUACAGCCAUUAGCCUGAUCAAGGUGGGCGGACUAGAUGGCGUUCGAGAGAAAUACAUGGAGGCUGUUCCAAAUGUCACUGCCAUUCUUGCCAGGUACAACUAUAGUUUUGAGUACACCAAUUCCUGUCGCAUCCACCCAAAGCCAGAUUCCCUCAAGCUCCUGCGAGGCCCUCUUGAUGAGGACGUCCCCUGGCCUGGGUUCUUGUUGGGCCAGACUCCAGCAUCUAUAUGGUACUGGUGUGCUGACCAGGUCAUAGUACAAAGGGUACUUGCAGCUAAGAACAUCGCCCAUGCAAAGGGCUCCACCCUAAUGGCAGGCAUACUGAAAAUUCUUCCCAUGUUCAUCAUCGUUAUUCCAGGAAUGAUCUCCAGAAUAAUGUUUGCAGAUGAGCUGGCUUGUAUUGGGCCUGAGCACUGCAUGGCAGUGUGCCACAGCCAGGCUGGCUGCUCUAACAUUGCAUACCCUCGACUGGUCAUGAGCGUAAUGCCAGUGGGCUUGCGUGGACUGAUGAUGGCUGUUAUGAUCGCUGCACUCAUGAGUGAUUUGGACUCUAUCUUCAACAGUGCCAGCACCAUAUUCACCCUGGACAUUUACAAGAUGGUGCGUAAGUGUGCCUCCUCCCGAGAGCUGGUUGUCGUGGGCCGAGUCUUUGUGAUCAUCAUGGUAGGCAUCAGCAUUGCUUGGGUGCCAGUUGUCAUUGAGAUGCAAGGUGGACAAAUGUAUUUAUACAUCCAAGAAAUGGCAGGAUACCUCACACCACCCAUUGCUGCUCUCUUUCUGCUUGGCAUCUUCUGGAAGCGUUGCAACGAGACCGGUGCCUUCUGGGGUGGCAUGGCUGGCUUUGUUCUGGGCACCACACGUCUUAUCCUUGGUUUUGUGUAUCGUGAGCCCCGCUGCGAUCAGCCAGAUGAGCGACCAACCUUCAUCACUCAUGUCCACUAUAUGUACAUAGCUGCUGCACUGUUCUGGAUCUCAGGCCUGGUAGCUGUGGUGAUCAGUCUUUGUACUCCUCCUCCGGCCAAGGAGAAGAUUGUGCACACUACCAUGUGGGGACUGUGCAAUAUGAAAAAGCUUCCGGUGACUGAUCGGAAGGAGAUAUACAAGUUGGCCAGUAAGAGUUCUGCCCACUGCAAUGGUAAUGGCACCUGCCAGAAAGACCUGCCUCUGAAUGUCCACAAAGAACAAUGUGUUGAUGGAGCUGAAAUUAAACUCCUCAUGCCUUGCCCUAGUGACCAGGAUCCUACAACACCCAGCACAGAGACACCAACCCCAGUGGAGACCUACAGCAACGGGCAUGCAGAUUUGGUAGGGCGGAAGGAUGAAGGCAAAAGCAAGUCAGGGGCAUUCUUGUGCCUAUUUAAUUGGUUUUGUAAACAUAAGGAAGAGACUGCAGCAUCAGGACCAAAAGGCACUGAAGAAGAUGAACGUAUCAUUCAGGAGAUGCUUUAUGAGCCCCCUAAAAUCAAGAUUUUGCUAAACUUCUGCUUGGUAGUAGUCUGUUCUGUGGGUGUCAUCCUGUUUGUCUACUUCUCCCUGUAACAUGCUGAUCUUUUACUCAUUGGACACAAGUGUGAUCUAUUUAUUACUACCAAAUCUGUCUGGGUUCUGUAAAAACCUCCAUGAAUUUUUAUUUUAUUUUUUUAAAAGCUUUUAGAAGAGGAGCUUUCUGGAUAUUCUGAAAAAGAUUUGUUUCCAUUGUCUUCAAAUCAAAUCACCAAGUGUGUGAAUAUAUCAGUUCCUCCAGGACUUUGCGUUUCUGCGAUCGUAGAAAGUAACGUAAAAUCAAAGAAACGCCGCAAUAUUCCCAAGAGCUUGACCUUUUUCCACGAAGAUUUUCCCGCAGAUUUGGGCCGAGACGUGGCAUGUGACGUCAUCACGACACUCAUUCAGCCAAAGCCCUCUUCAAUUCACGUACGUUUGACCUGAGUACAGCUAAAAUGUCUCGUUUACCAACAAACCUCACUAUGAAAUACCGUGCAAAACAAAUUUCAUGCAAUGCCGUUUCUCCAAUUCAAAUAGUUUUCCAGCAAAAAAAGCAUAAAAAAAAAACUCUGCAAAUUACAUCGCAAUUUUAAAAAAAAUCUGCAGCAAAAUCAAGCAUUUUUGGCUGCAGCAAUCGCAAUAAAACGCCACAGCAUCCUGUAUGGACUGAUAUAUUACAACCAAAAGCACUACUGAUACAGUGGACCUUUUUAUAUUAAUAUGUAAUAACUGUAAAAUAUGUGAAUUCUGCCUUAUUUAUUGUAAGCACUUAUCCUAUUAUCGGACAUGGUGUGGGGGAUGGCUGUGUCUAGUGUGUAUAUACGUUUAUAAUUGCUGUUUGUAUCAUUACAAUGUCAAAUAUUAUUUGAGUCUCACCAGAAGUAGUAAAUUUGCCACCUAUAGUGUCCAAAUAAUUCAAAUGCUGAAACAUUAGUAAAUGUCAUGAAAUUUGAAUUAAAUAGAGGAUUUCCUAGAUUUAGGCCACACAGGAGUAAAGAGGGAAAGUGACGUGUUUUUAUGUUCAAUUAUAUUUUUCAGUGCCGUCGUAAGUGUUGUGAAAUCUACCUAAACAUAACUGUGCGAGUCAUCGUACCUCUAGUGGGCUCCUUUUUAAUUAGGUUUUUUUCCGUUAUAUCACUUAACUCAUCAACCUCUAAGAGCAAUGUUUAGUGCACAUAUGUAUACAAAUGUAUUAUUCACCACCAAAAUGCCUUCUUUUCAAGUAGAAAUCCCUAAUUUGGGGAUUUAUCAAAGUCACGGAUGAAAUUCUGGUGACUCAAAACUUUCACCACUGAAACAUAAAUCGUACAAGCACAGCCUGUUUUCCUGGGGACGUCGAGUAAUCGGCUACCACGGGACAAACACCAGCUAGAAACAUCUGCUUAAAUCACAGUGAAGUAUGUAUAUGAGUAUAUGUUAAGGCAUAUCACUGAUCCCAUGUCAGGUCGACUAAGCUUGGGAUGUCCAAUUUUGAUUGCUGUGCAAAAUAUUUUAGUUCUUCUAGAGGAAGAAUUUCAUUUCGUGGUUGUUGUGGGAACAGGCAUUGUCUUGUUAUACUGAUUUUGAAUACACUGUUUGUGAAAAGAGGAAAUUUGUGGUUGUUGUUCGGUAAAUACAGAUAUGAAGGGUAAUUUUACCAAAUCUGACUGUUUUUGAAGUCAGUAAUUAGUAUCAUAUCACUGAUUAAAACAUUUGCUCUUCAGGUUGUGUUGACUCAAGUUUCAAAACCCUGGAAGGCCAUAGUGUAUGUCAGGAAAGCUAUAAAUUAGUAUUGUGUGUGUGUGUGUGUGUGUGUGUGUGUGUGUGUGUGUGUGCUGAGUAAACAGAUCACAGCUAUAGUUGGAACUCUAUUGUUUAGACAAUAAACACCAGGGCCCAGUUGUUCAAAAAGCUUAAUCUGGAUCAGAAUAAUCCGGAUUUGAAAAUCCCAUGUUUUGCUAUCCAGGAUUAAAUAAUCCAUUUUACUUUUGUGUCGUUUUUUUUUUUUUUCUUUUCAAAGCAACAUUGGAUUAGAUACAAACCUUUCGAGAUGACCAAAUCCGGAUCACUAGUGCUCUAAAUCGGACUUCAGAUGACGAUGUAGUGUACUAGCUACGGGUAGAUUAACAACAGGUAGAUUAGCCAGCAUGGGGUCACUUUAAGUGUUUUUAUUUGAAGAGACAGAAAACAUCCCUUUCCUGCGAACAAACAAAUGACAUUCACAAGUACAUUGUGGAUAUUUUCAACACGUUUUUAAAUCUUAAAAAGUCUGAUAGUUAACCAAAUAAGAACGUUCAGAAUUCUUCGUGUGUGGACAGCAAUAAGAGAUGGAGUUGUUCGAAACUAUUUUGGACUGGUUCGUCUCUGAUGAUUGUUUCAUUGUAAUUAAUAUACAGUGAUAAUUGACAGUUAAAAUUAAAUAUAUUAGUUUUGUUUGUUAUUGACGGCUGUUUGGGGGAUUAUUCAUGAGGACAAAAUAUUAUUUUUCUCUUUUACAUUACUGUACUGAAAGGAUUAAUUGGUAGCCUGAUGUAUACUUUACCUACUUUAUCGGUGUAACGGUUAAACAAAUCAAGUGCAAAAUAUAAAUAAAUGUAUAUACUACAUCAUGUAAACGUUGUAUUAUUUGAUCAAUUUGUUCCUGAAAUCCUCCCCCAAUCCACCCUUCUGCUGCGAUCGGGAUAACCCAGAACAGGUAUCCCAAUCCUACUAAAAAGUUUUGAACACCACAAAGAUUGAUACAGAUCAAAAGCAAGAUUGGAUUACAUGAUCUAAUCUGAUUUCAGAAUCCUUUUUUUUUUUUUUUUUUUUUUUGGAACAACACAUUUUCGAGAUUAAAUCCAAUCCGAUAGCCGCAAUCCGAUCGGAUUACUUCCGAACAACUGGGCCCAUGAUAAACUGAUGCUAGGAAUGAAUGGGGUUCUAGUCUGCUUACACAUGGUGUUACGAGGCCUUCUUCGGUAUUUCCCCCUCGGUUGUUUUUUUAAUAAAUUAAAAGGUUAAAUGUCUGCUAUGUUAGCCGGCACUGAUACAAGUCUAGAAACAGGCACAACUGGAUUAGUUAAGAUUGGGAUUAUUCCUAAUGUUCUGUUCCAGCAGAAAUAAGUAAUGUGAAUGAAUGACAAAAAUAAAAAAUAAACUGUUUUUUUUUCC